UCUAUCUCUUAAAUCUGUAAGAAAACAUCAAACCAAUCCAAGUGGACAUAAAGCAAACUAAACAAAUAUAUUAAAUCUCUCAAUUAAUUUCUUUUCUUCUUUAUCUCUCUUAUCUGUCUCUUUACAUAUAUAUAUACCUUCCUCCCAUGUCUUGCGCAUGAAUUAAUCUUUAACCCUAAAAUCUCUUUUCAAGAAACCAACCCAAACCUUACCAACAAACUAUUCAAGAAAAUAUGCCUGCUGCCUCGCUACAACUCCAAAGAACCGCCACCGCCACCACCGCCACCACCACCGCCUCAGCAACUGCCUUCUCUUGCCACAAACAGUGUCAAACCAUUCGGGUCCCUCUUUCUUUCGAUAAUAUCACUAUUUCUGUGCCGGACUACAUUCUUUUCUACCAUACCCGUACGGUCGGCCCAAACCAGUGCUGCUCCGUCAUCGUCAAGACAAUAAAUGCACCCGUCUCCACCGUCUGGUCGGUGGUUCGCCGUUUCGAUAACCCUCAAGCUUAUAAACACUUCGUCAAGAGUUGUCACUUGAUCAACGGAGAUGGUGAUGUAGGCACUCUCCGAGAAGUACGAGUGGUGUCCGGACUUCCAGCCGAGUCAAGCACAGAGAGACUGGAGAUUCUUGACGAUGAACGCCAUGUGUUCAGCUUUAGAGUGAUCGGAGGCCACCACCGGUUAAAUAAUUACCAGUCAGUAACAACCCUCCACGCUUCACCGAACGGAAACGGUACGGUCGUUAUUGAGUCAUACGUAGUUGAUAUACCGACAGGAAAUACAAAGGAAGAUACAUGUGUUUUUGUUGGUACAAUUGUUAGGUGCAAUUUGGAAUCAUUGGCUCAGACAGCUGAAAAUAUGGUGAAAAAUAGCAAGAUUAUAUAAAUAUUUAUAAUCUUGAUUAUUGAUUUUUAAAUGGGUUUUUAAAAUCAAAAUUUUUUGUUUUCAAUUUCGGCUUUGAUUUGGAUCAUCUUGAUUAUCAAUGCCUAAAUUGGAAAUUCUUCGAUCCAAAAAUAGUUGUACUUGAAGGUGUUUUAUAAUAUUUUGAUAUUAUGAUAACUUUGUUUUCCUUCAAGAUACACUACAUUAGUACACAACUCUAUUUUGAAUCUUUAAUCCUAUAUAUGUUUUAUGUUUCUUGAUCUUCAUUUCUUUUACUGUUUAGGUUUUUAUGUUGUUUUUUUCUUCUUGUUUAAUUUUGUACGAUGGAGAGGAUGUCAGUUAAUGUGUCUGUAAGUAUUGUGUCUAGAUUUACUCUUCUCUUCCUUCUUGUAUGUAUUUCCUUCUGUUGAGACUUAAAGAUUAUUAAUUAUAUAUUUAUUUUUGUCAUAA